AUGACCACCGAACAUCAUCCCGAAACACCUACCAUCCAGCAACCAGUGGUUGGUUGGACAGAUACGAUCUUUCUUCCUUUUGACAUCGACUAUAGUUCCCAUAAGAAACAAUUAGCCGAAAUUGCAGAAGCGGCCAAAGUCAUGAUGGGCUACGAUGCAAAAGAAGACGUUUUGAGAGUUACAGGGGAUACAGAGCAUGAGAUACGUGACUGGUAA